AAUGUAGAUUACUGAAAGAAAGUCUACGUAAAUCCUUUUUCGAUUUUAUUGUUAUUACUGACACAAGAAUUUAAUUAUAUACAAAUUUUCAUAUGGAUUAAAAAGUUUAUUGAAAUUCCUAGUGAACCGGGUAUAAGAGUGAUAUUGAUGCGUAUAGAUAGUACGACAUAAAUGACAGUGAUGUAUAGAAAAUAAAUAUCUCGAUAAAAAUGACGUGGUGAAGAGAACCUUAUCGUUUUACAAAACCAUCGAGGAAAUUGCAAGGAUGGAAGAAAGUACAAGUUCUGAAAAUGUUUGGUGUAAAACUAAAGCUGAAGAACAAAGUAGCUUAUACCAUGGAGAAUCUAUAACUCAGUCUAUGGAAGCUAAUUCUACUUCUUUAGCAGAUAUAUUCGAUACAGCAUUUACAUCAACGGUUGAUCCUUCUCCACAAUCUAGAUUUAAUUCAGCUAAUGAGAUGGAAUACGAACACCUAUUCGCAGAAAGUGAUAUAGAGGAUUCAGAUGUAGUACCUCUUAACCGUUAUGUAAAUUCACCGCAUCAUCCUACUUCAGAUAACAAUUUUGUUUUUGGGAAUUAUUUAAGUGCACCUGAAACUGGCGGAAGAAUUUUACAUGAACGUGAUCCUCCGGUAAAACAUAGAAGUAAAAAAAGGGAAGAACAUAAAUUAAUCAAUCAAUCAAUUGAUAGUUUAAAUGUAGCUGGACCAUCAAGAAUAUCAGAUGGAAUUUCUAAUAGCGCAAUCAGAUCUACAACUAGUAAUGGAGCCAUUUUAAGCAGAGUUAUACAGAACAUUGAAAAUGACAGUGCCAAUGAAUCCAAUACUUUAUAUCAUUCAGUUUUGCCAAAUACAAUUAAUCCACAACAGCAUUCUAUGCAUACGACAAGAAGUGAUGAUACACCAUCAGCACCAGAUCUGCAACUAGAUUGGUCCUCAAGCAGUGAUGAUGCCACCAGUAGUGAGGGUGCUACCAGUAGCGAUGAUGCUACUAGUAGUGAUGAUGAAGAUGGGUCUGUUGAAGUCCUUGGAACAGUAAAUCAUAAUAACAAGCAAAAUUCUGUACAAAAUAAUGAAGAAGGUAAUCGUCCAGUAACUGUAGUUGAUUUAACUGUGGAAUCAGACGAAGAACAUACUCCACCGACGUCAACAGCUACUGUUGUAAAUCCAACAGAUUAUGUACAUAGUGGGAACUACUCUUACUGCAUGCAUGGUUCACCAGACUACAUGUACCAUAACAGAUGUAUGCACCACAAUUGUAGAAUUCCGAUUCCAGUUAUACCCGUAGGGUAUGGUCAAUUACCAGAUAUUUCUAUAGGAAUGAGACCACGUAUGCAUCCUAUGCAAGAAAGAUUAUGGAGGGAACAGCAACGCAUGCAAGAAGUUCGCAGAAGAAGUCUUCAUCCAAGAUUUUCGUCGCAUCACACCACAUCGUCGUGUAAUCCACACGUACACCAACCAAGCCAGCAUACGUGUAACAACGGAAACGCUAAUCCUCCGAAUAAUCGUUACAAUGGUUCGGAAAAUAUGGCAUUCGCAGAAAAUUAUCUUCCGCCUCCACUAUUACCACCACUGCUGCAGCCCCCCGUUUACAGUCAUCCGGAAGCUAGAGGAACACCAAGUUUCAGUCCACCUUGUCCCGUGCAACCUGUAUCUGACAAUUCUUUGAUCGGUGUUGCGGAAAUGGAACCGACACCAUCGGCGUUACCGUCAAUGUCGGUUCAUCCUUAUGUGCAUCAUCACAUGUAUCACUAUGGUCCUCAUCGAAGACCACCUGGACCACAUAUCCAUAUAAAUUGGUUACCACAUCCUCAUUUGCAAGGAUCGGGAGCUCAUGAUAUGAUGUCAUUUUCACCUUUGGGUUCACUCCAUAUGCGCCUCGCAUAUAAUUUACGACGUAUAGCUCAUAUUAGUUGUGGAGCAACGCAAGAGUCAAUUGAAAGUCAUACAUUCCGCUAUAAGUACAAACGGGUUAAGAAAGUUGAAAAUGGUGAAGAUGCUAUAGAAAAGUGUACUAUAUGUUUGUCUGAAUUCGAAGACUGUGAAAGUGUCAGAAGGCUUCCAUGUAUGCAUUUAUUUCACAUAGACUGUGUUGAUCAAUGGUUAUGCACGAAUAAGCGCUGCCCUAUAUGUCGAGUGGAUAUCGAAACCUUCCUACAUAAGGAACUUGCCAGCACUGCAUAGUUUAAGGUCGAUUUUAUCCAACUGUUUUCGUUUUUAAAUAUAAUCAGGUAAUAUCCACAUCUUUUAAAUACUUUGAGAUAUCCUAAUCACGGGUAAUCCCACUUCUGAUGAUGUUAUGGAUGUUGGUGUAAAAAAAUUUCACUGUGAAUAAUCAAAAUAUCAAUAACUAAAAUAGAACUAAGUUCCUGGAGUAGUAGGAGAGGUUUGUUUUGAUUUAACAUUAUUAUCUUUGCAUUCGUUUUAUGAGUAUUAAUAAUGCUGUAUAUAAUGAAUGUUAGAUUUGUUACAUGUUAUUACUGAAACUUGUAAUUUUUUUUAAUGACUUGUCGCGUAUAUAGUGCUUCGGGUAACAACAAAUUGUUGAAUUGUAUCGAGCAUUUGAAAUCGUAUAUGUCUUCACAUUUUUUUAUCAAAUUUUUUUAUUACUUGUAAUAAGAAAAAAAAGAUGUUACAUUAUCAAAACCUCUGGGCAGUUGCCAAGUUGUGAAUCCUUUUUAAUGGAAACUAAGAAAAAAGCAAAUGUAAACUAAUAAGGAUCAUAUAAAAAUAGUUCAUUUCUAAAUAAUAGUAAUUCUACUGGGUGCUAUCUUCAUAUAAAUUUUAUAUACGCUAAACAUGUAUUAAUAAUUUAUGAAGCAGUUAAAAGUUUCGUAUUGGAACGAUUCUUUGAGGCUAUACCUGUAAAUUUUCGCUAAGUUUUUAUAUUAAACAAAUUUUUUUAAUAAAAUUGUACUUGUUAUACUUAAAUAAGUAAUUGUAAAAUUUAAUCGGUUAGUUACGAGUGAAAUACGUUUUGAUAUUUUAAAUUUUGAAAUUUUUUACUAUGUAUAAGAAAAACAUAAUGAACUUUAAUAUACCAAACCAUUGAUUGUGAGACAUGAUUCUACAUCGGUGUUUGCGGUAUUACGAUCGUUUUCGUAAAGUCAGUUUAAGAGCAGUGUAUAUUAUGGAAGCUACGUUAAAACUGUAGAGACUAGAGAAAAAUUGACCCAUCGGGAAUGUUAAUUUUAAUUGCGAAGAGGCGAGUAACUGUGUUAAAAAUACUAACUUGUAUUCAACGAAAUACCACGAUCGUUUUUCCUUUCAACAAAGAUCGAAGAUGAAAUUUGCACGUAAUAAAGCUUAUUUAAAGCGAAAUACAGAACAAGCGUGAUUAUUGUAAAUAUCGAAAGGCUGCGUUUUUAAUAAUUUAUUGAAGUCAAAUGUAUCGAAGGAUUGCGUGAGAAGAAUCCUCGCAUAUCGUAAUAAGUUGAUAUUAAAAGAAAAUUUGUUAAAUGUCAAGCAUUGCCGUUAUUGGACAAUGAUUCGUAAUCAGCAGAAAGUCUACAUGUACGAUUAUCUUAUCGUUUUAAUAUUAACACGAUUCCAUAAAAAUUUAUAUCAUAGCUUAACAUGUACAUUUUCUGUUCACACAAAUGCGAAUGCGUUACAAGCUUUUCUUUACGUAGAAAUUAUUGACGGGUUCAGAAAGUUCCGUUUCUAAGAGAACAUCGUAUAUUAAUGAUUCGAGUAUACGUAUAUAACAAAUAAAAAGGAAUUUACAUAAAA